AUGAACAACGAAGACAAAGACGUCAUUGCGAACGAGAUUGAGAUACUGCAAACUCUUAGGACUCUAGACGCUGACAAGUCUAACAUUGUGCAGUUCUUUGAGACGUUCGAGCACAAUGGACACACCUGUCUAGGUAUGUAGAUUAUAUUCCAUUUCACCAUUCUGUUUUACUGUUGAAUGAAAGUAUUUUUUUGGAUAUCAGCGAUAUGUGGUAAAAAGUUAUGCAUUUACUGCACUAAAAACAUCUUGUAAAACAUCAGGUCUAAUUUCAGACCAAACACUGGGUACCAUUGUAUUUAAACUUUGAUAUUCAGAAAGUACUCAUUUGGUCUAAAAUACUUUACAAAGGCAUAACUUUUUUUGGUUAGAAAUAAAAGAGAAAAUAUUUCAGAUUUUGCAGAUUUUACUUUUUAUAAUUCAUGUAUUUUAAUGCUCUUUAGUAUUACUCUUACCUUGUUCUUUCUCAUCUAAUCCUGUCUUUUUUUUUUUUGUCUUAUCUUUUUGUAGCCUUUGAAAUGCUGGACAAAAAUCUUUUGGAUCUAUUGAAUGAAAAUGAUGCGCCAUUCUCUCUUCACGAGAUUCGUCCAAUCACCCAGCAACUUCUGUCAGCCUUUGAUGCCCUGGCAGACAUCGGGAUCAUAUACACUGACCUAAAGCUUGACAAUGUUAUGUUGGUUAACCAGAGAGACCAGCCUUUCAGAGUCAAACUUAUAGACUUCGGUCUGUCCGUUAAGACCUCUGAGGUGGACGACGGUUUGGGAAUGCCGACAGUCUCUUACAGAGCUCCUGAACUGUUCCUGGGCCUCCCCUCCUCAGAGGCAAUAGACAUGUGGGCUCUGGGGUGUAUUCUGUUUGAAAUGUUUAUCUUUGACUACCCGUUUGAUGAUGACUCUGAUGACCCUAGUGAGAUUGGGACCAUGGAGAACAUUGUAGCCAUCAUGGGUCAGCCAGCUGAUCACCUCCUCGAUGCUGGAAAAUUCACAACAGACUACUUUGUAAAGAACCCAUCCUCAGAACACCCCAAAUGGUUGGUGAAAAACCAGACAAAAACUGGUCUUGAACCUGAAACCACACUAAGUGUAAAUUCUCUGGAGGACCUGGUCACACUUAACCUGGAGAACCAUGGGUCCAUUGAGAUCGAGGACCGCAGAGCCUUUGUGAGCCUCCUGAAGGGUCUCCUAAACACUGACCCAGAGAAGAGGAUUAGCCCCAAGCAGGCUCUAAGUCAUCCAUUUAUCACCAUGGUCCACCUGCAGGAGAAUGCUGACGGCCAGUACCUGGAAGACGCCAGGGACAAAAUGGUCAUCACUUACAGGAACAGGUCAGAGGAGAAUCAUCUUAGUCCAGCUGCUGUGGUAGACAAACAAGAAGAACCAGCUGAAGCUGAAGCGGCUAUAAGCAGCUCAGCUGAAGAAGAUCCAGCUCUUACCAACAUCUCAGAGGAGAAUCAUCUUAGUCCAGCUGCUGUGGAAGACAAACAAGAAGAACCAGCUGAAGCUGAAGCAGCUAUAAGCAGCUCAGCUGUAGAAGAUCCAGCUCUUACCAACAUUAACCAGUCAGAGGAGGAUGUUUUCAACACAAAUGAGCUAGUGAGGUUUGACUCUGAUCCUCAGCUUGUAACAGGUCCAUCUGUGAGAAGGAAAGGUGGCCCACUAAAACGAGUCAGACGUUUCUUUGGCAGAGUCUUUAGGGCCAUGUGUUGUUGUCUCCCGCCUAGGGAUGACUAGCACGUCCUGGGUCUGGAUCCGGGUCAGGGCGUUUCUGUGUGGAGUUUGCAUGUUCUCCCUGUGUCUGUGUGGGUUUACUCUGGGUGCUCCGGUUUCCUCCCACAUUCUUUCAAAGAAAAAAAAAAACCCAGUAGCCCAGCCUGGGGGUGGAGUUUGAUGGCGUGCACCUGGUGGCUGGGCCUGGAUUUUGAUGGACUUGAUGGCAUUAUUGUUUGACUCAAAAGCAUUGUAGCAAGAGGCUCUGUGGCUUAGCUGGUCAAAGUGCCUGUAUUGUAAACAGGAGAUCCUGGGUUCAACUCCCAGCAGUGCCUUCACAUGUAAAGUUAGCUAUAAAUGUUAAUCCUCAUCCAAGCUCAUGAGGCAGUCUGUUCAACUCUCUUCCCCAAAUAGUUUCUCCCCGCCAGGCUGCACUGGACAGGGAUGUGCUGGUUUUCUUUCCCAUCGGGUAACUUUAUGUCAGACGCCGGGGACCCUUCACAGGGUGACAACCACAAGCAGCACUAUGAUCACAGCACACUUCUUCAAAGGAUUUAGUUGCUAGAGGUAGCUGUGAGGGACACCUCCUGGACUCUUAAAAAGUGCAAUUGGAGGCGACCAGCUGAUUUGCAUCGUCAAUUGGACCUUUAUGUGUCACAUAACCGCGACCUGACGAGGAGCCCACUGGGUGUUGUAGUGGCCAGCGAUGGUCCCGGCAGUCUCUGUGACGCAAUCGGCCAGCGCGCUCGGCUGUUAACCGAGAGGUUGGUGGUCCGAGCCCACCCAGGGACGAUCUGCGCUUAUUGCAGGGGGCUUAAAGCUCAGGUUGACUGCCUUUGCCCCAAUGGAAGUAACCCCGUCUGAAGCAUGGUGCUUUUACCUCACCGAACAGCACUUUUCACAGUAAGCAAAUCCAAAUUGCCCCCUCAGCUCUAUGGUCAUGCAUGCAUGACCUGCUGUCCCUCUGCUGCUCCCUGAGACCUUCAAGGUGUGUGUCUUUGCCCUCCUAGUUUGCUAGACUUGAUGGCAUUAUGGGGCCUUGUUUGCCCCAAAAGCAUUGCAGCAAGAGGCUCUGUGGCUUAGCUGGUCAAAGCACCUGUCUUGUAAACAGGAGAUCCUGGGUUCAACUCCCAGCAGAGCCUUCACAUGUAAGCUUAGCUAUCAAUGUUAAUAUUGUUUUAAAAGCCAUUGCAUCAAGAAAUUCGCACUUUUUUUAGUAGUUUGCAUAGAUGUCAAAAGUAGUCAAUGUUUUUCUUUUAGUAUAUCACAGUGUUCUUGGAAGGAAACAGCAGCAAUUGUUUCUUCUCCUUUUGUCUGCUAGAGUUUGGCUCCAUUUCCAUAAUCUUUACCCAGUUGCCAUUGUCUGAAAAUCUUGGCUGUGGAAUUGUCUCAGUCACUGAGUGCCAAAACGUUCACAGCUUGGAUACAAAAAGCCAGUGCCAAGCUCUUUAUUACACCUUAUUUUCCCUACAAAUAAUACCAAUUAAUUCAAGGCCUUAAUGAUGAUGUGGUGUUAUUUAUUUUUUUUUUUUUUUGGGGGGGGGGCAAUGAAUGUAGGACAUGAUUUCUUUCUGCAUCCUUGUCUGACACUCAGAUUCAGAGUGUCACACAGAGUGAGAAGCUCACGCUGUGCAGCCAGACAUCUGAAACACAUUCAUAACCCUGCAGAGGGAGAUGCUCAGGGGUGGCUGUGUUUUGAUUAAACUUUGAGCAGCAGUAAUUGAAAAUGUUACACCUGAGAGUCCUUGCAUAAUCACAUUACUCGUGUAGCCGAGAUCUUUCCAUAGCGAGACAGAUUGUGUUGGUGAGAAUCAGGACAUAUGUGUGAUUGUUCUGCUGCAGUGUGCAUUGGCUGAUACAGACAAGUAAAAGGUUAAUUCUAUCAGCAAUGCACAAAGGAGCUGUGUGUGUGUCAGCUGCAGAUAAAACGCUGAAUUAAACAGCUACGUCUUUUCACUUACAUCGACUGUAAAAGCCUUAUGUUUUUAUUCUGUACAGAAACCCUCACGACUCUCUGACAUUGUAUCAUAGUUUCUUUCAUUUCUUUUCUAAAAUAAAGAGCCCAUGAAAGGCCCUAUCAGCUCUCCUAACAAUAACUGUCACGUUGCACAAUAUCUAAAACCACACUACACAGCCUGAACAAUGAGGUCCCAGAGCCUGACAAUCACACAGAGGGAGAAAUGAAUACUAACCAAAGUGAGACAAUCCUGUCUGUGUGAGCAGGGGCUGUAAAUGUGGGAGUGUGGAGCCUCUGAGGGGUUCCCAGGAGGUUUCCCUCCCACCAACAAAGCCAAAGCUGCCACAGUAUUUGCUUAUGUCAGUCACCUGCCAGAUGACGACAGAGACGAGCCAUCCAACAGCAGCUUCGUCAGCUCCAGAGUCACAAAAACACAGAAACCAAGAUGCUUUCUUCUGACUCACUCACACUUAGUUAAAGUUAUACAGGAGAAAAAUACUGUUUUGUACCUAAUUUUGCUCUUUUUCACUUUUUUUGCAACAGCUAUCAUAAAUUAUGCCACACUUACCUUUUUCCCCACAUUAAGAACAAGUAAAUGAAAUGAAAACAGCCAUGCAUAAAUCAUAAUAAGCUGAAUAUUUUCAUUAGUGAACCUCGACAGCAAAGAGCACAUUUCAGAAAGUGUUCCUGACGCUCAGACCUCACUGACUCUACUUGGUUUCUCACAGCUCGACGUUUCACAUGCCUGAUAUAUUGGAUGUGGAAAGCAAAACACAACACUUACACGGAUAAUUAAUGCUGCGGGUGAGAUGUAGAAGAUGUAGUUUAAACUCCACAGAUGGAAAGCGUUUACAGAGAUACAAGCUGUCGCAAUACAUGUUAGAGGGCAUCAUUAUUCUUCUAUCAAUGAUCACAAAGCUUGUCUUCAUGGUUUAAACAACAAAGAAAUGGUUGUUGGUGUGUUUGUUUGUUUUUACUAAGGCAGAAGAUGAAAUGAGGUUACAUUUAAUGAUGGAUUUCUCAUAUUUUAACGAAAACACUAACACAUGGGUUGAAGUUGAUCAAAUUUGGCUUCUAUUGUUAAGGAACAACAUAUACAGCUCCUGGAACAUGAAAAAUUCACUUCUGACAGUUUCUGUGUGUUUUAGGUGUCAGUGUACUCACUUUUUUUUCCACAGGGUGAGUAAAAUAGAUGACUCUAAAAAAUGUGUAACUACAUAAUUGACUUUGUGGUUACCUAGAUACAGGCGGGACUUGCUUUUCUCACAGGCUCACCUAUCUGUUACUCCGGAUUAACGGACAUCCACACCGCUAAGCAAAUAGGAACCAUGUAUCUCAUCAAUACUUGGGUUACAAAGACUUUGUGGAAUUAGGAUGUGAUGUUUUCAUGCACAAACACACAAAACAGGGUACUGAGCCAGGAUGCUAAAGUACAGAGGCCUGUACUACGAAGCUGGAUUAACACAUCCAGGAUAACUCUGCGACAACUCGCUAAACUUCACCGGAUCUCCGCGAUCCCGAUCAGCUGUACUACGAAGCCGGUUAUCAACUCGAUCACUGAAUCCAGGUGUAGCCACUUCAGAUCUGUGCGCGCACACGUAAAGGGGGUGGGGUAAGUGCCACCGGACCAAUCUCCACAAUGGAGAAGGCUGCAUGUCAUUUUUCACAGCUGAAGAACAGAGCAUUAUUUUACAAGGAGUACCGCAACAUUAUAACAGUGAGGAGCAGAACAGCCACAGCCGCUAAAAGCCGGAGGGACUGCUGACAAAAAAAUCAUCGAUUGUGUAAAUUAUAUUUGUGCGUUCAUAAAUUUAUGGCCCCCUAAUAUGUUGUCAUUGCAGCGUGUGUGAUCACCUCCGUCAUAGACCUCAUUAUUUCAGACACAACAGCAGUGGAGAAAAGAGUACGUGGGAGCAAAUAAAAAUAAAUCUAAAAACAUCCUUUAAAGUAGUUUGUAAGUUUAUUGGAAGAUUUUAUUUGUAUAUUUCAACGCGUAAACAGUGAUUUCCUCACACUGCCUUUUUUUUCUUUUUUUCUCCAUCAUCUGAUAGUCACGUCAUCUGCAGACACAUUUGGGGUUAAGAGUUUUCUAAUCUGCCUCAAUAAAUUCUGAAUGAUGACUGAUAUGCCGCAUGAAAUUGAAACCUGGAGCUUGGCAAAUAUUUGUGCAUUGCUUAGACUUCAUGCUACCUGAAUAUUGAGGCCGUCCGAGGAAAACCUGUAACGUUCAUAUAGAACAUCAUCAGGUAAAUCAAAGGGGUUUGAACGAUCAUGAAUAUAACGCUCUCGGCGGAGCGCUCCUCUCACUAUCCGUGCAACGAUGUCCCCGGGAUCCGGCAAGAUUGGGCAAGCCAUUUUCCAAGAGAUCCGAUUGGUCAGUGGGCGGUUUUUUAUACCUGCUGAGAUCUUAUCCUGAAACAUAACCUGCUACGGAGCAGGUUUGCCGUUCCGCGUAAGUUACCAGGGCAACGGACCCGGAUAAAAAGAGAUCCACCUUCGUAGUACAGAAAACCCAGAAGUUAUCCAGAAGUUAUCUCGCUAAGACCAAAUCCAGCUUCGUAGUACAGGCCUCAGGUCAGCAUAGAAACUGUUUACAUCAAGAUUUGGAGUCUGCAGCAAUAGAAGCAUUUUGUUUCUGUGUGGUAGGACUUUCAGCUGUACCAAAUACAUGCUUUUUUAUAAUAAUAAAGGUCCCAAUUUUUUGGAAUCACAUGCAUUAACUUCACAGUGUAGGAAGAAGUCCAAAGUCCAAUCAUGGUUUAUCCUUUAGGGGCCAAGAGUUUAUUCAUAAAUGUCAUGUAAAUCCGUUGAAUAGUAGUUGAGAUCAUGUUUUCUUUGAUUAUAAGCUGCCUUCUAGAAACAGAGCUCUCGCUCAUUCAUCCAAAAACUCCUUCUUUCCUCUCCUAAACAUGUCCUUCACUGAAUCAUGUAUGCGCUUGACUCUGCGCCACAAUCACGGCUGGAUAAAAAUAUCAGCUGACAGGGGAUGAAAGGCUUUUUUCACCAUUACAGUCCUUCAACUCAGUUUUCCAUCCAAAACCCACCUUCAUAGCAGAGCCUAUCAAUGUAUAAAAUAUGCAUAUUAGAUCUAUAUUUAGAUUCAGUCAUGAUGAGUUAUCCCCCGGGAGCUCUGCUCUCCUUAGAAACAGUGCAAUAUAUCAGGAAACUAAGGGCUCUUUCAAUUGGAGUCUUUGUUUUGUAUAUUUCCAUAUUUCUGCCCUCACAGAGCUUUUGACCACCUCAUUUACAUCCCAGGAACAGCAGCAGCAGCAGCUCUGGUGGCAGGAUGAUCAAGAAGUCUUCAAAGUCUUUGCCCAAAGCUUCUGUUCAGAUGUGGUCCAGCGUUUGAUGACUGAAGUACUGCUUUAUCCAAAGUUUUCUUUUCUAGUCUAG